AUGGCGGCUCAGUCGAAACUCGAGCAGGUAUGGCAGCCGACGAUGCUGCAUCGUCGCACGCGUGCCAUUGCUCUACUGCUGCUUCUAGUGCUUACCCUAGGUCGUAAGCAGGCCCUGCAGUGGGUCCAGAAGCACACCGGCAAGCUCGAAGGGGUCUCGGCCAAGGUCAAGUAUGCCAAGAACCAGAAGCCGAAGAUGAGCAUCGAGGAGGGUCACGAGAAGCUCUAUAUCCCUUCGGGUAAGAACGAUGGGAGCGUCGACCUUCUUGUGCCGUUCCGCGGCCGCGUCACCGAGGUGCCGAUCAAGCCGACGUCGCAAAAGACGUUCGAUAGCAACUACCCGAUCUUUGCGCUGCCCCCGCCUGUCACGCGCGAGACGAUGAAGCGCCGCACGUCGAUGCUGGGCUUCUUUGGCGGUGCUUCGCGUAAGCAGCUGACCAAGAUCCGCGAAGAAGAGGCCAAGAUCACGCCCGAGGCGGGUGAGAGCAUCACGAGCGCCAGUGCGCUGCGUGUGGGUGUCGACCGCGAGUUCUUCCGCCAGCUCCGUGCGCUGUUCCGCAUCAUGAUCCCCAACCUGAAGACGAAGGAGGUGUUUAUCUUUGUGCUGCACACAUUCUUCCUGGUGAUGCGCACCUAUCUGUCGCUGUUGGUGGCCCGGCUUGACGGUGCGAUUGUCAAGUCGCUCAUUUCCGCCGAUGGCCCCGGCUUCCUCCGUGGUCUUGGCCUGUGGUUUGCGCUAUCGGUUCCUGCGACAUACACGAACGCGAUGAUCCGCUACCUGCAGUCGAAGCUCUCGAUCGGUUUCCGUACGCGUCUCACGCGCUACGUCAACGACCUGUACCUCUCGGCGAACCGCAACUACUACAAGGUGUUGAACCUCGACAACCGUCUCGAGGCUGUGUCGCAGUACAUUACUUCGGACAUUGCGCACUUCUGUGACGUGAUCUCGGAGCUCUACUCCAACAUCUCGAAGCCCGUGUUGGACAUUGUCAUUUUCCUGGGCCAGAUUGGUGCGAGCUUGGGUGUGCGUGGUAUGGCCGGUGUGAUGGUGAGCUACUACGUGGCCUCGUUGUCGCUCCGUGCUGUUUCGCCGCCGUUCGGUAAGCUGGCCGCGAUUGAGGCCAAGCUCGAGGGUCAGUUCCGCAACGCGCACAGCCGUCUAAUUAUCAACGCCGAGGAGAUUGCCUUCUACAACGGUGCCUCGACCGAGGAGGGUAUUCUGCAGCGUAUGCGCAAGGAGCUGAUUCGCCAUACCAAGUCGAUCAUGCGCCUGCGUAUCGGCUACACCUUUACCGAGGACUUUGUGCUGAAGUACACCUGGUCGGCCAUCGGCUACAUGGUCAUGGCCGUCCCCUCCUUUGCGAAGCGUGCGAAGGCCGAGGCAGAUGCUGCGAGCGGCAAGGCGCACGAGGAGCAGGUCAACAAGGGUAUUGCGAACGAGACCGAGUCCUACAUCUCCAACCGCCGCCUGCUGUUGUCGCUGGCCGACGCGGGAAGUCGCUUGAUGUACAGCUACAAGGGGAUUGCCGAGCUCGCCGGUCAGACGUCGCGUGUCUACUCGUUGAUCUCUACGCUGCACCUGCUCGACCACGACGUGUACCAGAGCGUGCCGCGCCCCAAGGACCUGCCUGCGUCGGAGCCCUUCUUCGACCUGGGCCACCUGCACGGCAAGACGAUUGUCGACAAGGACUACGUCAAGCUGAUCAACGCCCCGAUUGUCACGCCUGCUCCGGGUCAGGAGCGUGGUGGUGAGCUGCUGGUCAAGGACCUGAACCUCACCUCGAACCCCGGCGACCACAUCAUGAUCACCGGUCCGAACGGUGUGGGUAAGACGGCCAUUGCGCGUGUUCUUGCGAACCUCUGGCCGCUGUUUAACGGCGAGAUGGAGAAGCCGCGCAACGAGGACAUGAUCUUCCUGCCCCAGCGCCCCUACCUCACGACCGAGAGUCUGCGCAACCAGGUCAUCUACCCGUACUCCUACCAGGAGCACAUUGCCUCGGGCCGCACCGACGAAGACCUGAUGGAGAUCCUCAAGCACGUGCACCUUGCCUACCUGCCUGACCGCGAGGGCGGCUGGGCUACGCGCAAGGAGUGGAAGGACGUGCUGUCGGGUGGUGAGAAGCAGCGCAUGGGUAUGGCCCGCCUGUUCUACCACAACCCCAAGUACGCCGUGCUGGAUGAGUGCACGUCGGCCGUCUCGACGGACGUCGAGGGUCUGAUGUACGCCCACGCCAAGGACCUGGGCAUCACGCUCAUUACCAUCUCCCACCGCCCGUCGCUGUUCAAGUACCACACGUACCUGCUCGACCUCAAGGGCGAGCACGGCGGCUACGAGAUCAUCAACCUUGUUGGUGACCAGGAGGAGCAGACGCUCGACCAGGAGCUUGCCGACCUCGACGCGAAGCUGUCCGAGGUGGACGACUGGAAGUCGCGCCUGACCGACAUCCAUAAGGAGCUCUCGUUCAGCAAGUCGUAG